AUGCAGAAGAAAGGAGUUACCAUGAACGAAUCUGUCGAGGUUGUAGAAAUAUUGCACGUUAACGACUUUACCGCUAGCGAGAUCGCAGCUUCAUGGUAUGAUGAAGAAGAAAUGAAGAAAAUCACCGAGCGAUGUUUCAAAGUGCUUCAAAGAAUGGAAUAUGGAAAAACCAAGAACGGCAAAAAAAAGUACUGCACGCGAGGCCUUGAAGGACACACUGCGCUGGGGUCCAUUAGUAAAAAGAAAACAAGAGCAGCUGCGUUCUCAGCAGUUCUUGACGAACAAGAGAAGCGAUGGAACGAGAAUAAGGAUGUUGAUUUUCAAGCCAUUUCAGAUGCAUACAGAAAAGUUAGCUCAAGCAGCCAAAUGUGGGCUCAAGUCAUUGGCAACCGUGACCACCACGCCAUAGAAGCCUACCUCUACCAAGAUGAAGAAAAGGACGAAGAGGUUGAUGCGACUACUACAACAGUUUCAACCUCUGCUCUAAAGAGUCCCGGCAGCCAAAAAAUAACGCUGAAGAAUGUGGGUAGCAUCGUCCAUCAAGGUGCAAGGGCGGCAUGA